AAAACUGCCAGAGACAGUUCCAAUCAAACUAUCCAAAUUUGACAAAAGCCAAAAUGUGUGAUAUGCAAAUUUAUUAUUAUUUCUGUGGAUAUUCUUGAAUUUCGAAACACGCUGUUAUUACUAAAAUAAUAAUAAUAACUUUUGUUUUACUGUUUAUAAUAAGAGUAUAUGAUUUUUUUUUCAAUAUGAUGUUAACAAUUCACGGCCUCCCUUCGGUGGCCAAUUAUCAAGAUGUAAGAACACUGCUUCAGAGGGAGUGUAAUCUAAAUGAUUUUAUUUUGGACAACCUAGUGAAUGAUAAAAAUGGCACCAAAAAAGUCAGAAUUGGGGUGGCGGACGAGAUGGAAGGAGCCCAUGUUAUAAAGUGCCUAGAUGGCUUUAGAUGUGGUGGGAAAGUCCUUUAUGUUAUUCCUGUUGGCAAGCAAGUGCCUCCGAGUAAUCAAGCGCAGGCAUUCAACCCUCAAGGCAACAAUUACCCCAUGCAAAGUAACCAGUACGGGCCACCAGACCAAGUGGGGCCGUGGUCGGGCCAGGUGUCGGACCAGUGGGCCCCAAACGUUGCGCAGGUCGGUGGAUACGACUAUUCACAACAAAAUGUGCCUUUUCAACAGCAGCCCCAACAUCCGCAAAGAGGCCUGAACCAGCGGGAGCUGAUGUUGCAAGCCUCCAGGGGUCCUGUCCAGGAACCCUACGCCAACAGACCUGGCAAUGUUCCGAAACAGAACCUUGGGCCGCUGGCUUCGCGUCCCGCAUUGAGAAACAUAGAGACAGUAGACUUGCCCAAAGGAGGCCCGGACCGUUUCCAAAACUAUGAACAGCCCAAACCGAUAACAAUAAAGAAAGACAAUUUCAUGGGGCCCAAUCAGUUCUCAGGGAAUAACCCUCAGGGUUCAUACACGCAGGGUCAUGUCCAAACUCCGUGGAUGGACCAGUGUCCUCAACACAAACAAAGUAGCUACAAACCAAGCCAACCUUACGAAGAUGACAAAAAGUUCCAACCCAAAGCGGGCAUCUUGAAAACACCAAUUUGCGACCGUGAGAAAUACAAUGAAAAACCUCAUUACUCUCCUCAAAGAGAUUCACCAGGCAGACGCUCGUCUCCUAGGAGAAAUAUGUCUCCUGGUCGUAGGAUGCCUCCAUCAAAUGAUCAGAGGAUGCCAAGGGACGGAAGAGCUCACCUAGAUCAUCUAAGCGGAUCAAAUGACAAAAUGGGACACAAUGAUCGCAGAAUUCCUAUGAAAGAUGAUCGGUUGGGACCUAAUGAUCGACGAAUCGAUGAUAGAAUGGGAUCUAAUGAUCGAAGAAUGCCAAUCAGUGACAGGAUGGGACCUAAUGAUCGUCGAAUACCUACGGAUGAUAGGAUGGGACCUAAUGAUCGAAGAAUGCCAAUCAGUGACAGGAUGGGACCCAAUGAUCGCCGAAUGCCUACGGAUGAUAGGAUGGGACCUAAUGAUCGUAGAAUGGUGCCGAAAGACGAUAGAAUGGUUGUUCUUAAUUCUGGAAGAAGGAUUUCACCUCCUGGUAGAAGGGUCUCGCCACCUGGUAGGCGUAUUUCUCCCUCGGGAAGACGCAUUUCUCCCUCAAGAAAAAGGAUGUCUCCCACAGGACGGAGGUUUUCCCCCUCUGGGCGAAUCUCCCCCUCAGGAAGACUAAUAUCUCCAGGAAGGAGAGAUGGUCCAAUGAAUAGACAUAUUUCCCCACCUGGAAGGCGGAUUUCCCCUCCUGGAAGACAUGUUUCCCCAGCUGGCAGACGAAUUUCCUCGCCCGGAAGACAUAUAUCUCCACUUGGCAGAAGAAUUUCUCCACCUGGAAGAAGAAUUUCUCCGCCUGGAAGAAGAAUUUCUCCGUCGAAUAAAAGGGUUUCUCCAGAUAGACGAAUGCGUUCCCCAGUGAGAAGAUCUCCUAACAGACGUUUGUCACAAGAACCACAUGCUAGGUCUAUGAGGUACUCGCCAGGCCGGCACCCGGACAAAGACCGCCCGAAGCAAGUACGGCCCGCGUACGAACCGGACACUAAGGCAGCAAACCAAGCUAUGUACUCAGGUGGUUACCGCCCAAACGCUCACGAACCACCGACCCAAUAUCGCGCUGUCGUGCCGGGGGCCGAAAGGAUAUCCCCCUGGCAAGACCGGGACAAUUCCAGGGACAAAUUCGCCGUGAAGAAAAACGACGACUUGAGGAGGGAUUUAAUUAUGUCCAAGAUAGCUGAUGAGAAGAGAAUAUCUCCCCGCGCGUCGCGAUCCCCGCAUCGCCGCGAUCGAUCGCCAAUCAGGGACCGCUACAGACGACAUUCGCCGUCACCGAGGUCGCCGCGGCGUUCGUGGGCGCUCGAGAAGCGUCGCAGCCCCGAACAUGACGCGCCCCCGCCCCCCGCGUGGCCGGGACAACCCCAAGAAUAUCCCAGAUCGAACCGCGAUAAAGAUGAAAAGGGGCCCGUUUGGGAGAAAUCGUUCGUCAAAAUGGAAGACGAAUUCCCACCAGACACAAUUAGAGUGCGCAAAGAUUUGAUGCAUUCUGGGGGAGCGCACAGGGAGCCAUCACCGCAUCGCUUCAAGCAGGAAGACAGGAUUGACGACAGAUACAGAGAGCCAAAGUUUGAGCGAGACGACUACCACGACCGCCGUUUUGAGCCCGAUCGCAAGAAGCUUCCGGACAGAGAAGAGUUUAUAGCGAGGAGCGAGCGUGCGCACGAACAGCUGAAGAAGAAGGAAGAGUUGCCGAAACAUCAACCGCGGCUGGAUCAAUACCGCAAGAAACACGAGCAAAUCGAGGAGGAGUUUCAAGAUGUAUACCAGAGGGCAGUGGACUUUGCGAAAAAGGCGCAGGAGUUGAAGAAACACGAUCGCAAGAAGGAGCCUGACGAGAGACGCGGCAGAGAUUUCUACGAUCACCAUCAGGAAGAGAGACCGAGGUCACGUCACGACGAAUACAGGAAACGUGAGCCCGAGUGGGACGUGGACCCCCGGAAACGGAUGGACCCAAACAAUUUGGCCAAAAGAGAAAAAGCCGCUGACGAAAUCUCCAGAAGAAUAAUCCAAAAAUACAUACAUCAGGUCGAGCCUGAAGUGAAGAAUAAGGUUAUUAAUGAAAUUAAGGAUAACAUAUUUAAUAAGAUUUACGAGACCUAUGGGGAUCAAGAUAUUUCGUACAUAGAAUGCAUCAUCAAGUUUAACACGAGAGACGCCCGCGCAGAAGAGAGGAUCUUCCAUGAAGCGGCUUCGAAAUAUUCGGUUCAGUAUAGAGGGAUGAAAAGACCAAUGGCAGCCCCGUCGGAGAUACCCUCGAAGAUGGCUAGGCGAAGUCCACAACCUGAGGUGAAACAAGAUUCGGUAGCUAAGCCAUCCGGAACUAUAAUUUCAGAUUGGACAGCGAACCCGGUCGAAUUGGCCAAUCAAAUGGCCUUACAGCAAUAUUACGGUGCUCAGCAAAUGUAUAUGAAUCAGUUAGUUCCAGCUAUACCUACGUACCAACCACCGCCGCCCGUCCCUCCCGUCAGUGAGGUCUACCAACCUUCCGAAGUACCACUUCAAAACGACAAAGAUGGCUUCCAUUUAUACCUAUGCAAAGACACUUUUAACUUGUUCUUAGGCUCCGAAAUCGACGAAUUAAAAGAGUUCCUCGUUUCGGAAAUAUUUAACGCAACAGCGAUGAACAACUGGGCUCCUUCGUUCAUUUUCAGAGGACUACAGACCCCUUAUCGCUAUGAGUUGAUCACGCAGGAUUCCCAUUCGAAGAACUGGUUGAUCAGCUUAGAUUUCAGCGGGUUUACCAAGUUUAAAGUUUUAGUUUAUACUGGCGAGGAGCUGUGGUUUGAAAGGGUGGCGGUCUGGUUGCCGGGACACUCGAAAUGUCGGUACAUAGAUCCGUUUACAAAGUUGCAACUACAGAAUAGGAAGGUAGAAGGUAUAGAUAUAGGUAAGUGGAAGUUUGUUAAGAGCAUUGUCACCGCAAUGGGGACUAGGUUAUACCUAGAUGUGCCGCCGUCGGCCGCUCGCAAGUUAGAGGCCAUGAAAUCUUUGAGUUACGAAUUGCAGAAAGUCAACGUGUUCUCGAAAGCGAUGGCGGUGGACAAACCAGCUUUCGACGCGGGUUUGAACGAAAAAUCUAUUACAGACGAAACAAUAGUACAAAACGCCGUACGCAGCUCGCCGAUGCCCACAUUGAAAAAUGAGCUAGAUUUCGUCAAAAUCACUAUAAAAGGGUACAAGACUUUGACCGUGGCGGACGCUAGGAAAAUAAAGGACAUGUUAGUGUUCGAACUGUUCAAAUAUUUGAGAUUGGGCGGUCAGAGUAGCACAGAUUUCAUCAAAUUCGGGCUCUCUUUACCCUGUUAUUUCGGCGUGGUGCCUGCUAACGAGGAAUCUAAGAAGUGGUUGACUCAAUUAAACAUGGGUAACUUGUAUCGAAGGCCUAUAGUGAUACUAGGCGGGGAGGAGCACAAUGUCAAGCGUAUACCUCUCAAAGCAUACAUUUACGAUUGUCGGUCGCAGAGAAAUUUGACGUAUGUGUUUGAGCGUUUGAAACAGAGUAACAAGGGGGUGAAAGGGUUGCAUUUUAAUCUGUGGAAGCCCGAGCGAUUGGACUGGAGCGAGUCGGCCGCGAAAGUGUUGUUCUUGAUUGACAUGGAGUCUGUUGAAACUUUGUCGUCUCUGAAGUUCAAUUUGGACUAUUUAGACGAACAUUGCGACAAUAAUGUAAAGACAGUCACGUUCAAAUCUGAGAAAGGUCUCGAAAGGCUACUCGAAAUAAUAAAGGAGUACAAAGCUGAGCAGAAUGACAGUUACGAUGUGGCUAAUAUGGAUAUUGAGUCGUCGGAAACGGACGAUGAUAUUGUCUGUUUGGGGGAGGCCACGGAUCCCGAGGACAAUUGACACGGUUCAUUUUAGAUGACAAAUUACAUAAUAAUAGGUACUUACAAUAAAAACUUACAACAUAUUCAGGUAUGGUAGGUAGGUACUUACAACAUAAUGAGGUACACUAGAUUCCGCCAUUAAUGCCACGUGGACGCGGCGCUACAGUCGCAGACAUCAACAUGGCCGACUUCUGACGUGGCGCGGACUGUAUUUUCAAAUAUGCUUUCAAAAUAUUUGCCGGCUAUAGAUUGAACAAAUGAUAGUUCGGAUUUUUUUAAAGAGCCUGUGAAAAAAUUGUUUUUGUGCAACUUUAACCCGUAUUGCAACUCAUAGGUGGUUAAUUUUUGAAUUAAUAGUAAUUAUCUAUUGCUAUAUACGUAGAUUUUCAUCGAAAACUGUCCACAACGUUUCAUGAAAAAAGUUUUUCACAUUUAGAGUGUGGAUUAGUACUACAGUAGUAGAUACAAGGAUUUUACUUUUUCAUUUGUAUGUUCAUGUUCAUAGGUAUACAUUUUAAUUUACUUAUUCAUACAAAUAGUAUUAAAGUUUUCGUUUCUUAUUAAUUUUUAAAUAAGUACUUUGGUUAAUGAUAAUAGGGUUGCCAGUUCGUUUGUGACAAAUCCUGUAACUUGAGUUAAAAACUAUUUAGUAAUGUUUCUUUCAUAUCAGUGAGCGUUGUACUUGAUUAUGUCUUAGUAAAACAGUUGUGUAUUUUUAAUAAAGGAUGUCUACCAAA